AUGUCAGUUCUCGCAAUUGAACGAGCUGUUGCAAUCAAUGCAGUCUUAAGGGCUAGCAAAGUUUGUCAAAAAGUUUUUCAAAGCCUUGUGACAAGUGAUACGGUUAUUAAGAAAGAUAGAUCCCCUGUAACGGUUGCUGAUUUUAGUGCGCAAGCAGUGGUAAACACAAUAUUAUACGAAUCUUUUCCAAAUGAUCCAAUUGUUGGAGAAGAAGAAUCGGGAAGCUUACGAGGCGAUAGUGGAAAAGAACUGAGAGAUAAAGUUUUAUCAUUAACAAACACUGUGUUAGAUACUCCCUUGGAUGAUAAAGAGCUAUUGGCUGCUAUUGAUAGAGGUUCUUAUCCCGGUGGUUCCCAUGGAAGAAUGUGGACUAUUGAUCCCAUAGAUGGGACAAUGGGAUUUCUUCGCGGAGAACAAUUUUGUGUUGGUCUAGCAUUGAUUAUUGAUGGCGAUGUUCAUAUUAGUGUUUUAGGAUGUCCAAAUUUACCAGUAGAUUUUAAAUCUCCCGAAAUUGAAAGAGGAUGCUUAUUUGUUGCCCGCAAUUUCUCUUCAACUGAGGAAACACAAAUCCAUAUGGCGGACAUUUCAUCAUCAUCAGCAGCCACAUUUUGUGAAUCUGUUGUGCCAACACAUUCUUCACAUAAAGAAGCGGCAGAAAUUGCAUCAUUACUCGGAAUCACAAAGCUUCCUCUCCGCUUGGAUAGUAUGUGUAAAUAUGCCGCUGUUGCCAGAGGUGAUGCUAAUAUUUAUCUAAGAUUGCCUGUUCGUAUAGAUUAUGAGGAGAAUAUCUGGGAUCACGCACCUGGAUUUCUUGUUGUUAAGGAAGCAGGUGGUAUAAUUACAGAUAUUCAUAAUAAACCUUUGGAUUUCUCUUUGGGAAGAACUUUGAAAGCUAACAAGGGAAUCGUGGUUACGCAUUCUAAAAUACAUGGACAAGUAAUUGACGCCGUUCAGAAAGUUGUUUUAAAACAAUAG